UUGUUCUGCUGUCCGUGUUAUUGUUUGAGCGCCAUCUUUCUUACGGUGGGCUACUAAUCUUUGCGGCCGGAUGACGUUGCAAUGAAAACGCUAAUUUGAGCGCUCCAGGAGAUGUCGUGCGCCCGGUGCGUCGUUGGGAGAGCCUCCAAUGAGAUUUUGUCGUUUCCGUUAGCAUAAAUCUGUUGAUUGCGUUUGAAUGUUCUUUCGAAGACGAGGCUAUGUCAAAUGUAAGUUCUUUUUUGCGGGUCGUUUUCUUAAAUUUAUUUUUUAUUAGGCUGAUUUACGGACAAGCUAUUUUGGGGCAUGUGUGCUAAGGUGUCCACGUAACCCUAAUCAAACGACUCUAUUUUUUUAAAAAUAUGUUUAAUAAGAAUUUAUAUACUAUAUAGUAACAGUUAGUUGUAUGUAUAAUCCAUGAUCAGGUCUGGCAGCGCUUGCCGCGUUGUCGUUCAUGGCAUGGCUUUACUUUGAAGCAUCGCAACUGAAGUUGGCACAUUUGAAAACAUGUGAGUAAGCAUUUCGUAAUGUGUUGUCGUGGUGGCUUUAAACAAACAAACAAAAAAAUAUAUAUAUAUAAAUUUGAUUGCUUGACCUAAUGCGUUGCCCAUAAACAUUUCGAUUCUGCACUAGAACGGACCGAGAGAAUAGUGAAAGUGAACUCUUGGACGCAGUUACAUUAACCCUAGCCCCCAACUUCAUGCAGUGCACGGGAACUCAGUCGGACCGAACAAUGUUGUAUCACUUUUUUUUCCACAUGAGUUGAGCGCCGCAACGUGGAGCUAUGAGAAUUCGGGUUAAAAUAAUAUAUAGGAAGGAAACUAUAUGUAAUUCGCCAGCAAAGGUCAAACACCAGCACGCAGGCUCUAUAUAGAUACGCCAGGGUGUGGUUAAAUAAUGAGUUCACUAGCGCGCAAAAUAUAAUUCCCAAUAACUACGCUAAAUGAUGUAUAUCUAUUUUUAAUAUCGCAACUGCGUUUGGUGCGUAAUAUUUUCUUUUCGGAAAUGAAAUCGUCUCAAUUGAAGUAUUGUGCAAAAAAUAUUCGGUUUAAAAGUGGUUGGGACAUGAGAAUAUUAAUAUAGUUCAUGGGCGUGAAAUAAAAAGGUGUGCAGGGACGUAUCACGACGGAAGGGGUGUAGCAAAUAUUGGGAUUCUUAAAUGUGCGUGACUUGAGUUCAUGUUUUGUCAAGUAACUUUAUUAAAUGGGGAGUUCACUCAUUGCUGUCGCCAAUGUUUGGCGGGCUAUAUCCAGUUUUGUUUGUUGUGUGUGUGUGUGUGUGUGUUGUUGUUGUUUUUUUUAAAUAGCACAAAAUGUUAAAUCCUCGCAAUAACUGGGGUCCAUAAAACUGGAUCGUGCUUACAGUGGAACUGGAUCGUGCUUAGAGUGGAACUGGAUCGUGCUUACAGUGGAACUGGAUCGUGCUUAGAGUGGAACUGGAUCGUGCUUAGAGUGGAACUGGAUCGUACUUACAGUGGAACUGGAUCGUGCUUAGAGUGGAACUGGAUCGUGCUUAGAGUGGAACUGGAUCGUGCUUAGAGUGGAACUGGAUCGUGCUUAGAGUGGAACUGGAUCGUGCUUAGAGUGGAACUGGAUCGUGCUUAGAGUGGAACUGGAUCGUGNGAAAGAGUAUGAAAGAGUAUGAAAGAGUAUGAAAGAGUAUGAAAGAGUAUGAAAGAGUAUGAAAGAGUAUGAAAGAGUAUGAAAGAGUAUGAAAGAGUAUGAAAGAGUAUGAAAGAGUAUGAAAGAGUAUGAAAGAGUAUGAAAGAGUAUGAAAGAGUAUGAAAGAGUAUGAAAGAGUAUGAAAGAGUAUGAAAGAGUAUGAAAGAGUAUGAAAGAGUAUGAAAGAGUAUGAAAGAGUAUGAAAGAGUAUGAAAGAGUAUGAAAGAGUAUGAAAGAGUAUGAAAGAGUAUGAAAGAGUAUGAAAGAGUAUGAAAGAGUAUGAAAGAGUAUGAAAGAGUAUGAAAGAGUAUGAAAGAGUAUGAAAGAGUAUGAAAGAGUAUGAAAGAGUAUGAAAGAGUAUGAAAGAGUAUGAAAGAGUAUGAAAGAGUAUGAAAGAGUAUGAAAGAGUAUGAAAGAGUAUGAAAGAGUAUGAAAGAGUAUGAAAGAGUAUGAAAGAGUAUGAAAGAGUAUGAAAGAGUAUGAAAGAGUAUGAAAGAGUAUGAAAGAGUAUGAAAGAGUAUGAAAGAGUAUGAAAGAGUAUGAAAGAGUAUGAAAGAGUAUGAAAGAGUAUGAAAGAGUAUGAAAGAGUAUGAAAGAGUAUGAAAGAGUAUGAAAGAGUAUGAAAGAGUAUGAAAGAGUAUGAAAGAGUAUGAAAGAGUAUGAAAGAGUAUGAAAGAGUAUGAAAGAGUAUGAAAGAGUAUGAAAGAGUAUGAAAGAGUAUGAAAGAGUAUGAAAGAGUAUGAAAGAGUAUGAAAGAGUAUGAAAGAGUAUGAAAGAGUAUGAAAGAGUAUGAAAGAGUAUGAAAGAGUAUGAAAGAGUAUGAAAGAGUAUGAAAGAGUAUGAAAGAGUAUGAAAGAGUAUGAAAGAGUAUGAAAGAGUAUGAAAGAGUAUGAAAGAGUAUGAAAGAGUAUGAAAGAGUAGCAAUUAAUUCAGCGAAUACGUUUGAGUCUAUGCCAAACGAUUCAACGGAUUGUUUUCUCACCAAGUACACACGUCCCCACCACACACACAAUGUUCCACAUGCUGGACUUCAUCAAUGGGCACUUGGCUAAAAAAAAAUAAAUAAUAAAAUAAAUGAAAAUAGGCUCAAAGCACAACCAAAAAAGUGUGUGUUGUUGUUUCUCUUUUCUCUCUGUUUGGAAAGUACUGAGACGGCAGAAUGGUUUGAUGUUCAACACAAGUCGCCCGUCACGUGGCGGGGACAUGGAGUAUCUGAGUGGUCGUCUGCGGGAGAUACUUAGUAGAGAUAACGGAGCACCGAAGAUCGUCUUUAAUAGGUCUUGUACGAAUAAUUCUGAUGGUAAGAAAUCUUUUUUUUUUGUUUAAACUACUAUCAAGUUAUAAGCUACAGAAUCAUUUCUUUGAUACCUAAUUCUCAUUCCAAGGUUGUUGUUUUUUUCCCUUUUAAUUCGAAAUCAUAUCUCUAACUAUGGGUUACCAGACUUUGAUCGAAAGAAAUUUCGUCGACGGUAAAUUUACUGACGGAAAUUUGAUCGAACUGAAAUUUGGUCGAAACUUUUUUCACACAAUAAAACUUUCGUCAAAGUUGCUUUUAAACGCAUUAUACUAUAUAGUAAAACAAAACAAUGCGUUCAAAAGGAAACUUGAAGCAAAAUUUUAACGUAAAAACUGAAAAAAGGGUUUGACCAAAUUUCCAAAUGGAAUUCAUAGUUAGGCAUAUGAAUUUUUUUAAUAAAAAAAGAAAAUAAAAAUAUCAUAUCCCUAUCUGAAUUCCAUUUUGUCUAAUAAAACUAAAUGUGAUGUAAUUCACACAAAUUUUCUUUACAAUUUAUUCACCUUCCUGUUUUUUUUUUUUAAAUUUAAAUUUAAAUUAUGCGACGUGAUAAGAGAUGAGGCUUUGCCAGAUAAAGAUAUCUAUGACAUUUGUCUUAAAAAAAAAAAAAAAAAAUAAAAUAACACUAACUGAAUUCAAUUUUGUCUAAUAAAACUAAAUGUGAUGUAAUUCACACAAAUUUUCUUUACAAUUUAUUCACCUUCCUGUUUUUUUUUUUUUAAAUUUAAAUUUAAAUUAUGCGACGUGAUAAGAGAUGAGGCUUUGCCAGAUAAAGAUAUCUAUGACAUUUGUCUGUUUCAAAAACGAUACCCUCAUGUAAUCAACAAGUAUUUAUUUAUUUAGGCAUUUUUAUAUAACGCUUACCUUAAAGCUCUAAGCGACUUACAAUUAUUAAAAACAUGUAAACUAACUAAAAUAAAAAUGAGACAUUAGGAUAGUAACUACUAUAGAAACAAUUAAAAUGGCUAUAAAACGAGGACACCCCACCCCCACCCACCCCCCACCCCAAAAAAAACCCCAACCCCCCCCCUCCAACAAAAAAAAAGUAAAAUAAGUUAAGAAAUUUCCUAAAAUCUUCGGCAGCCUGUGUCAAGAACUGCUCGCGCCCGCUACAUUGGAACCCAGAUGUGCGCCUCAGAGAAAUCAUAGAGUCGCCAAACUUGACGCUGUCCCGACACCAACUGGACACCAUCUUGUCCAUGGCCGACGCGAUACCGGAGAGUGACGUCAUCUUCCUGUCGGCCAGCUCGUCCAAUCACUACGAUGAGAUGCAGGCCAUGUUUCACAGGCUCCACACGGUCGUCUGGCCGCUGGUCAAAGACUUCACCGUCGUUUUCUUUGAUAUCGGACUUACGCCUGAGCAGAGAAUGAUGGUGUGUUUUUUUGUUUUUUUUUUUUGUGGUUGAAAAGAUGCCAAAUGACAUUAUAUAACAAACAACAUUACGUGGCAAAUGACGUUAUAGAGGUGCUGCAAAGUUUCAUUUUGGCUUUAUACAGUAUUUAAAAAAAACAUAAACUUCACACGUUUGUUUCGUUCCAUAUUUUUUAUUUUUUUUUAUAUUUAGGAGUCUCAAAUGCCAUUUUUAUUAUCCGGUAUCUCUGUUCACAGACAGAAAAACAUUGCCGGUGUCGGGUUAUAACUUUCCCCAAAGAGAUGUUUCCCGUUCAUGUAGCAGACAUGUACUGCUAUUCCUGGAAGCCUCUGAUCGCCCGGGUAUGUACAUUUGAUUUCAUGGCAGGUCCACGACUGCCUCGCCAGACCACGCGUCUCUCAGUCGAAUUAUUCUGGUCACGGUUUUAGGGGGUGGAGGGGGUCCGGGUGGCGUGGGUGUCCGGGGGGGGGGGGCCAUUUUAUUUCGAGUAGGGAUAUCAAACAUCGACGAACUGAUGAAUCCUAUCUCAUAAUUUUUUUAUUGAAAUGUCGAAAGUAUUUUUUAAAGUAAAUUAUAUUAUUUUUGAAGCAAUGGCUCGAGUAACUCUGUUACUCUGUAACUCUGCAACUCUGUAACUCUGUAUCUCUACAACUCUGUAACUCUUUAGCUCUGUAACUCUGAUCUGGUCACUUGGAUUGGAUGGCGAACUCAAUCCUUCCCAGGUUUGCUGUUCGACUUUCAGGUUGACAGGAGGAAACGCUGUUUCCUUAUAAACAUUGUGUCCCUAUGUCCGACUUCAAAGUGACAGCAGGAAACAUUGGGUCUCAAUGUCCGGCAUCGGGGUUGACAGCAGGAAACAUUUGGUCCCAAUGUCUGGCAUCGGGGUUGACAGCAGAAAACAUUGGGUCCCAAUGUCUGGCAUCGGGGUUGACAGCAGGAAACAUUGGGUCCCAAUCUCCGGCAAGGGGGUGUGACAGCAGGAAAUGCUGUUCCCCUAUAAACAUUGUGUCCCUAUGUCCGACUUCAAAGUGACUGUAGGAAACAAUGGGUCCCAAUCUCCGGCAAGGGGUGGGGGGGUGACAGCAGGAAACAUUGGGUCCCAAUCUCCGGUAAGGGGGGUGAUAGCAGGAAACAUUGGGUCCCAAUCUCCGGCGUCGGGGGUGACAGCAGGAAACAUUGGGUCCCAAUGACCGGCAUCGGGGGUGACAGCAGGAAACAUUGGGUCCCAAUGACCGGCAUCGGUGGUGACAGCAGGAAACAUCGGGUCCCAAUCUCCGGCGUCGGGGGUGACAGCAGGAAACAUUGGGUCCCAAUGACCGGCAUCGGGGGUGACAGCAGGAAACAUUGGGUCCCAAUCUCCGGCACUGGGGGUGACAGCAGGAAACAUUGGGUCCCAAUAUCCGGCAAGGGGGGUGAUAGCAGGAAACAUUGGGUCCCAAUCUCCGGCAUCCCUAAUCAAGACGAUGAAGGAUUUCCUAUUUGCCCACAGGCUGUCAUUGAGAAGGCCAGGAAACUGCUGGUCUAUAUGGAUGCUUCCAUCAGAUGGUCAGCUCGUAUUCCCGAGCUGUUGAACAGAACCAUGGAGGUUGGACUGCAACUUUUUAGACCCAGCUACAUGGCAAGGAUACCUCUGCACACAGUCAAUGAGGUGAGUGUCAGUCCGACCCAGCUAAGUGGCAAGAAUACCUCUGCACACAGUCAAUGAGGUGAGUGUCAGUCCGACCCAGCUAAGUGGCAAGAAUACCUCUGCACACAGUCAAUGAGGUGAGUGUCAGUCCGACCCAGCUACGUGGCAAGAAUACCUCUGCACACAGUCAAUGAGGUGAGUGUCAGUCCGACCCAGCUAAGUGGCAAGAAUACCUCUGCACACAGUCAAUGAGGUGAGUGUCAGUCCGACCCAGCUAAGUGGCAAGAAUNAACAUAUGGUUGGCUACAAAGAUUUUACUAUUUUAACCACAACAAUCAACAUACAACAUGCAACAUACGACAUCGUAACAUGCGGAAAAACCACGCGACUUUCCUAAAGGAUGAUUAGACGAAAUAAAAAUUGUAAAAUUUAUAAAUUUUAUGUUUUGUUUUUAAAGAAAUUGUUUGAAAAAUCAUUGGAAAAAAAACACCAAGUAUUGAGGUAGGUGUUAGGUUUAAUGUUAGGGUUUGAAUUAUUAUCAUCUCGAGAAUGUAUUUAUAACAUAUUUCUACGAAGCUACAAGGUCACUCUGACAUUGCCUACUUAUCAAUGCCGACUAUUUCAUGGUAUGUUUAAUGAAAUUAAAACUUCGAUCCGACGAAGAGGCGUCUGGAUCGGGGCAGGGCACCCAAGAAAUAAAUGAUGGGAAUUUAAUUUCAUAUGAAAGUAGUAUGUGUCUAUAUUUAAUAGGAAAGUAGCAUGUUUAACAGGAAAAUAUAAUGUAUACAUAUAUAUUUCAAAUGAAUGUAAUAUUUAUCUAUAUUUAACAUGAACGUAAUAUGUGUUUAUAUUUAAUAUGAAAUUCGUAUUAUAUAUACAUAUAUAUAUAUAUAUAUAUAUAUAUAUAUAUAUUAUGAAAUUAAUUAUUGCUGAUAUUUAAAUUAUCUUUUUUUUUUAAAAAUACGUUAUUUUAACUAGUAAGGCUACUUUUGACAAUUUUCUCAUUUUGUUCAAAAUAUUAUUAAGUUGAAGGGAAAUCACUUCAAAGAGCAUGAAUUGUAUAAUGUGUAGUUAAAGUUCAUCACGAUAACCAGUGAUUCACUCCACGGUCCCCAUAUUAAAGCCGUUAUGUUCACAUGUUUGAUAACUAAAACCUCAUGUCAUUGAUUCAUACAUUUUUUUUUUUACUAAUUGUUAUUGAACCUCCGCAGACAUUUCAAUAUUUCCGUGAUUCCCCGUGCGCCUACGACGCCUUCCCGGAAAUGCCCGGAGGUCUAUUUAUAUACCGGAAAGACCUGUUCAAUAUCCGAGCGAUCUUGGAGCCGUGGGCAAGGUGCGCUCUUGAGGCCGCCUGCAUGUGUCCCGUGAAGCCGAUGUCCUACAUUUGGUGCCAUGAUCCGCCUGUGGACCACCGUUGUCACAGGUGAGUCGGGUAGGCUGUAGGUGGGCUGCUCUGACAUUGGUGAGUCAGCGUGCUACCCCCCCCCCCCCAAAAAAAAAAAAAAAAAAAAAAACCGUCACAUAAUUUUUAGGUAAAUUAGCUCUUCAUGGUUUUUAAAAAUAAUAAAAUCUUAUGACAAGACUAUUUUGAACUCCUCCAGGUUCGACCAGUCGGCGAUAGGGAUAAUCACGGCAAAACUCUUCGGCUCUGACAUCUACCGAGUUCUACCCCCUGACAUGGACAGCUUCGUCAGCAUCCAGCGCGGACACCAGAUGCCUCACUAUUUCAACGCCACAGAGAGCAUCACGUGACACCAGCGUCACAGCGUUAGUAACUGAUGCAUACAUUGAUAGAACAAUUAGUUUUUCAUUUUAUUUUUGUAAAUAGAAUUGUGCGAGUAUGAGCUGUGAAUAACGGGGAAAAAAUACAUCAAGAAUAGUUUGGAUUUUUGUUUUGUUUUUAAAGACGUAUCAAAAGACAGGAUCAUUCAUCCAGAGGAAGCUGGAGCAGUGCCACUAGUGUGUGUUGUCCGAGCAGAGCGCUGAGCAGGUAAGGGGUCGUUCGCAAAUGAC